AUGUCUUACGGAUUAGCUGCAGCCUCAAGAUUGGCAGGAAAAGUCAUUUUAAUCACCGGUGCUUCGUCUGGUAUUGGUGAAGCCACUGCUCUGGAAUAUGCUAAUGCAGCCAAAGGAGAAAUCAAACUGGCUCUUUCUGCAAGAAGAUUUGAAAAAUUGGAAGGCCUCAAAGAAAAAUUGACCACUCAAUGGCCCAAUAUCAAAGUUCACAUUGCUUUGUUGGAUGUGUCAAAUAUUGCAAAACUCACAGAGUAUGUAGAGUCGCUUCCUGAAGAGUUCAAAGCAGUCGACGUUUUGGUCAACAACGCUGGAAAAGCCUUGGGAAUCGAUAGGGUCGGACAGAUCCUACAAGAAGACAUAGAUGGGAUGUUUCAGACCAACGUCAUUGGCCUUAUUUCGUUGACCCAGCUGAUCUUGCCAGGAAUGAAGGCUCGUAACAGAGGUGAUAUUAUCCAGCUAGGUUCGAUCGCCGGAAGAGAUCCGUACCCUGGCGGAGGGAUUUACUGUGCUACCAAGGCUGCUGUACGAUCGUUCUCGCAUUCCCUUAGAAAGGAACUGAUCGACACCAAGAUCAGAGUCAUCGAAAUUGAUCCUGGAGCAGUCCAGACCGAGUUCUCUCUUGUUAGAUACAAGGGCUCGAAGGAGUCUGCCUCUAAAGUCUAUGAGGGUGCAGAACCAUUGAACGCACUAGAUAUUGCUGAACUCAUAGUAUUUGCGUCCACUAGAAGAGAAAAUACUGUCGUUGCUGAAACACUAGUGUUUCCUACCAACCAGGCAGGUGCAGGUUACGUAUACAGGAAAAAGGAUUAG